GUCUGUUUUACCAAAGUGUUUAAUGGAUGUGCACUGAAAAUUCACUGUGCAGAGACAUGGGUUUUGCCCAAAACAAGAGAUCAGUAUUUAAUUCUGGGGGCAGAGGAGGGUGUCUACAUCCUUAACUUGAAUGAGCUGCAUGAAGACACCUUAGAAAAGUUGCUUCCACAGAGAUGUACUUGGCUUUAUGUCAUGAACAAUGUCUUAAUGUCCAUCUCUGGUAAGUCCUCUCAACUCUGCUCUCAUAGACUGACAGCUCUGUUUGAGCAGCGAGGACACUUACAGAGGAAACAGAGUCACUUGUCCCUCGGCACCAACCGCUUCACCGAACGGAUCAUCCACAGGAAGUUUGCUGUGUCAGUGAAGAUCCCAGACACUAAGGGCUGUCGAAAGUGCAUUGUGGGUGAGAGCCAUUUCUUGCCUCACACUGGAUCAAUAUUUAUUCAUUAUAUCCUGAUGCGUAUCUUUGCUGACCUCCUGUAAUUGGCUAAGAUGGAAAAAAACCUCAAUGAUAAUGAGUGCAGGUCAUGAAUCUUAACUGCACUUAUGCUUUUAAUGAAUCAUCAGCUUUUUUGCUUUUUUGCUGAUCAUAAUUACAGAGGU